UGACUCCAGUUAUUAAAAUGGAGAUUGGAACAGGUGUGUUCUACCAGGCAAUGCCAGCAGUAGGACCGGAUGGGAAAAAUGUGAUGAAGUUAAUUCCAGUGCAGAAAGUCAACGGACAGUUUGUUCGGUCACAUACGAGUUCUGGCAAAAAGGAUGACUGUGAACCUCAAAGACUGUGUGUCAAUCCAGGGCAUUUCUCUGCUCCACAGCAGAAAUUCCCUAUUCUUCAGCCUAUUUCAGAGGGACAAUUUGUAUUAAAAACAACAUCAGAGGCUAACACUCUUUUUAAUCCUGUGAAAACUAAACCCCAAGGAAACAAUAGUAUAUCAAAAAAUCCCCCAAUACAAACACAAAGCCCUGCUAUCCUUCCAAACCUUAUAGAGAACACAGGACAGUUACCUGCGCAGAGGACAGUCACAGUGGAGUCUCGUGUACUGUCAAAUGGACAAUAUCUUCAGCUCCCUCCUGGCGCUAAAGUACAAACAAUUCCAGCCUCAGCACUCCCUCAGCAUAUAAAAAGACAGAUAUUGAGCUCCUCAAGCGAUGCAUCUAAUUUGCAGACAGGUGUACCAGCAGUUGUGUAUCUGUCAUCUGUCAAUUCCAUGAAACUGGAUAUGCCUCAGCAGGCUCCUUCUCUCCUACCCACAGUGCCAAAUCCCAAUCAAACAUCAAAGACUCCCGCUCAGAUGCAUGUCACAAACCCUAUGGUAAACUUAACCAUGGACCCCAAGUUUGAACCAAAGGCUGGUCAAGGAGCAAUAUCUCCCAUGAAAUGGGUAGUUCAGGAAGGGCCUGGAUCCACCGCCCCGUGCCUUGUUCCAGUAUCGCCUCCCGGGGGGACUUCGGAUAUUUUGAAAUCGACGCAAAAGGCUGACGCAAUUAAUCAAGCGUCCAUCAGGAAAUCGUCAUCUCCGCCAAACAGUCAAAUGAAGAUCAAUUCUUGGAAGGACAAUGCCUUGGUCUUGUGCAACGGCAAAGUAUACUCUGUAGCUAAAAAAACGAAUCAGCCUGGUCUCUCCAAUGGGACCAAAAAUGAAUUGGCCAGGGAUGCGACAAGUGGUGGAGGACCAAGACAGAGCUCUGGCCCCCGUUCCCAUCCUUCCAACUCCUUAUCAGAAUCACACACCUUUCAGAGGAGACCUAUAAGACCUAGUCAGAUUAAUCACAAACCAGAUGAAAUCAUUGACCUGUGCGAUGAUGAUCCACAGGUUGACUGUGCAGCCCAGAGACCAGCAUGCACCACUUUAACUGAGGACGAUGAUAAUGAUGAGGACUCCAACGUGAUAUUCGUGUCAUACAUUCCACCCAAGUCAAAUACUGAUGCUGGUACGAGAGACGUUGAAGCAACUUCCCACAAAGAGAACGGAAAUAGUGAAGAGGUUGGACUAGAGCUGGGGAGUUCUCAGAAUAAUUUGAAUUGCUCGGGAAAAGAUAUGAGAAUUGAUGAUGCGCAGUCACAGGAAAUGCACACUUGCACAGAGAAGACAGUCCCUCAACAGGGCGAGCAACAGAUGGAGGAAGCCCAUGAGAGCAGCAGUGUAAACGACACCAAAAUGGAUUUGGACGGGAGUCUGGAGAAUGGGACCUGCCAGGACAAAGACAGAAUGGUUCAUAUUUUAGACCAGCCAACGUUGAAUACGCCUGAUAAAGAACCAAAACGUGUUACAGAAGAGGCAGAGACAGAUGCAGCCCUUGAAAGAACAGAUCUGCACAAGUCUGAUCUCCAGCUCAAACGGAUGUUUGGAAUCACCUCUGACAUUAGAAUUUGUUUGCAAAGAAUCAACAGUACCAAAAAACCCAGUUCAAGGGCAGAUACAAAAUCUGCCCAAAAACGAACACUAGAUGGUAUCCGCAAAUUGAUUCAAGACUCGCGUGUACAGUUCAAAAUGAAAAAACAAGUGGAAGCACAGGUACCUACACCCAAUGAAAUUGACCCAGAGCAACCAAAACGAAAGAAACUGGAGCCAUUAGAAAACACUUGCGACAUCUUGUCGAGUUCCAGACAUGCUCCACAGUCUCCUCCCAGCAGGACAGCUGUUUCUCCUCUCCCUGAGCAGCCUUUAACCUGCACUGAGGAGAGCGACACCACAUGUAUAGCACUCUCAACAGACACAUCAGAUGCAGAUGCUUCUCAUUUAUGUCGAGAAUCUGAGGAAACCUGUCAGUCCAGCAGUUGCGUCUCAUUGUCGGGUCCAACCAAGAACUCACAAAUCAAGGGCAUAACAGACUCAUCUGUAGAUACCAGCACCUCCUUGUCAAGGAAGGUCCCAUUGAGAACAAGUAGACUUAAAGGGAAAAAAUGUACCACAUGUAUUAAUUGUAAAGAAACAGAGGCAGUGUCGACAACGUCACUGGUCAGAUGUCAAGAGAAGCCAGAUCCAUCACCUGCUGUUGCAUCAUGCAACAGUAGUUUAAGUGUGUGUCCACAAGCAAAGACUCCAGACAAGACCUUGCCUGGCAGUGCAAAGGAAGACCAUGAGCAGGAUGAAACACUGAUGGUGGAACCACAAUCAGGCAUACAGCAAGAAGACACACCAACAGCGGAAUGCAGCCGAACUUGUCUUAGCCCAGUGGUAAGUGCUCCUGGAAAGAUGUGUACACGGUCAUCAAGAGCAACAGAGGAAAGACUGAAUCUGGCAAGAGGAAUGCCAAUGAUUGCAACGCUUUUGGCUAGCCCACAGGAGGGCACAAGCCAAGUGGAACUUUCCUCAAAUGGUACAACCGGCAAAAAUAUGGCAAAUAUCUGUACGAAAGCAAAGACGUCUGGCAAAGGGGUAAAGAAAUCCGCAGAGGUCCUAAAGAGAAACGAUAAAUUGAAAGCAGAUGAAAUUGAAGUUGCACCUAGUACAAGUAAACUGACGCACACCGCACAGGAGGACAUCUCACCAAGUGAACUCUACUCUGCAGAAGUCAUGGACGAUGAGGAAAUACUGCGAAGUGAGAAAAUCAAACGGUUGAAAGACCUCCUGAAAGAGAAAGAGGCUGCUCUUGAGAUGAUUAGGAAGAACAUGAUUAUUUAG